AUGGAGAGCAGAUCUGAAACUAGUGAGAGUACAGUAUCGGACGAUCAACCAUUGUUUGAGAACACUGGGAUCCAGUAUAUGAACAGCUUUCCGAUACAAGACACUUCAGUGGCCAUGCCACCUGUUGGACCUCCUAUACGAGACCAUCUGGCAUGGUCAAUCUUUAACAUGGUGUACAUGAACGUCUUCUGUCUGGGACUGCUUGCUCUUGUGUACUCCGUCAGGUCUCGAGAUCGGAAGCUGAAUGGGGACGUUGGUGGUGCCAAGUCCUAUGGUUUGACAUCUCGCUCCUUGAACAUUGCUGCCACCGUGCUCAGCCUUCUUGUGCUACUCAUUAUCAUCAUUGUCUUAUCUGUGAAAGGAUACUUGGUUGUAUCUGUGUAA